AUUAUUUUUUAUUUUUUUCAACCAAAUAAGUCAAAGACUGUCACGGUUCUGGUUCACCGCCAGGGGGCGAAAUGGCGGAGUUCACCUUGGCUGAUUGGCACGCGCUUUCAGUCUGAACAAGCUCGACACUGAAUACGUGAACACGUGCUGACUUUCCAGAAAAUUCGACUGGAUUGAAAACUUCUCAACAUGAAGAAAACGUUCACUGCUGACCAGAUAGCGAACUGGUUCACUUCGGGGACCACGUUUACAAAAAUCAACAUCACAGAAAAAGCAGCAGAGAAAGACGUGGAUGAGUCGGUGAAAGAGUUCAGGCCAUCAGACAAUCCUGUUGAGAACUGUCUGAAGAAACUGAACUUGAAUGGAGGCAGGUUCCAAAAACCCGAACCUGCAGGAAGUACUGCUGCUCCUCCACUCACCAGCUAUGAGUACCCCAGCUUACCCAUAACCAAACACAGGCAGCAGCUGAUUUCCUUCAUAGAGAACAACUCUGUAGUGAUUAUUCGAGGAGCCACAGGCAGCGGCAAGACCACUCAGCUGCCACAGUACAUUCUCGACCACUACAAUGAGAAAAAUGCCCCAUGCAACAUUGUGGUCACCCAACCACGUAAAAUUGGGGCCACCAGUAUUGCUCGGUGGGUGGCAGCACAGCGGAAGUGCACUCUGGGUAGUCUGGUGGGAUAUCAGGUUGGAUUAGAGAAGAUGGCUACUGAGCACACCCGUCUGAUCUAUAUGACUACAGGAGUGCUGCUACAGAAACUGGUUUCUGCCAAAUGCCUCACAGAGUACUCCCACAUCUUCAUAGAUGAGGUUCAUGAGCGCACUAAGGAGAUGGAUUUUCUCUUACUGGUUUUGAGGAAACUCCUUCAUUUCAACUCACGUUUUGUCAAGAUCGUUCUCAUGUCAGCCACCUGUAACUGCAAACAGUUUGCUGAUUACUUUGCCACCCCGCUGCGUGGCACAAUGAACCCAGCCUAUGUGUUUGAAGUGGAGGGAGCACCGUAUGCCAUUGAGGAGUUUUAUCUGGAUGACCUUAACCACCUGUUUCCAUACAGGGCCUCGUCUCUUAACCCAGACGACCCUUCUAUCUCUUUUGAGAUGUACAAUCUUGCCAUCAGUCUCAUCCAGAGGUUUGACGAAUUGGAGGGCAAGGAGUCCAGAGACACUGAUCAACAAAGUGGCAUGACUUCACCAGAGAAAGGCAGCGUCCUGGUUUUCCUUCCUGGUAUAAACGAGAUAAGCUACAUGCACGAGGCCUUGGCCAAGCUCGGCCACAAAAGAUUGCAGGUUUAUCCUCUCCACUCAAGCGUGACUCUGGAGGAGCAGAAUGGUGUAUUUCUGCCCCCUGUACCUGGAUACCGGAAGAUCAUCAUUUCCACCAACAUCGCAGAGAGUUCAGUGACUGUCCCAGAUGUCAAAUAUGUGAUUGAUUUUUGCUUGGCGCGCCACCUGGUCUGUGACCCGGAUACAAAUCAUCAGUCUUUGCAUCUCACCUGGGCAUCAAAAACCAAUUGCAACCAGCGCAGAGGUCGAGCAGGACGAGUGUCUAAGGGCUACUGUUACCGUCUUAUCACCAGAGAUUUUUGGAAGCAAAACAUCCCAGACUACAUGAUACCUGACAUGCUGCUUGCCCCCUUGGCUGCUAUCGUGCUGAAAGUGAAGUUGCUGGACAUGGGAGAUCCCCGAUCCCUCCUCUCAUGUGCCCUUUCACCUCCUGACCUUGAUGACAUUGUGAGAACUGUGCUCCAGCUCAAAGAGAUGGGAGCACUGUCUGUGAAAAGUGGUGACACGACGGGGAAUGAAGAUGGAGAGCUGACUUUCUUGGGUCGGGUGCUGGCCCACUUGCCUGUGGACCUACACCUGGGAAAGAUGAUCGUCCUGGGCCAUGUCUUUGGCUGUCUCGAAGAGUCCCUGAUCAUAGCUGCAUCAUGCUCUCUGAAGAGCUUCUUUGCUAUACCGUUCAUGCAGCAGCUCGCUGGCCACAGGAGCAAGUUGGCCUUCGCCCGUGGCACUGAAAGUGAUUCCAUAGCUUUUGUCAAUGCCUUCAAGGCAUGGCAGUCAUCCAAAGCGACAGGAAAACUGAGACACCCAAAGGACGAGCUGGACUGGGGAAAAGAGAACUUCAUUCAGAUCAAGAGGAUCAAGGAGGUUGCAGAGCUGUACGAGGACCUGAAGAAACGUGUGUCCCAGUUCAACAUGCACGUGCCAGAUGGCAGUCAGCGAUCAGACUACACCAGCACGCACAGGCAAAAGUUCAUUCUUCAGGUAGUGAUUGCCGGCGCCUACUAUCCCAACUACUUCGCAUGGGGGGAAAUAGAUGAAGAAAUGUCCUGCAAAGAAUUCUAUGGCCUCAACCCCAGAACAACAGUGAUGUUGAGGAGCCUCCCUCCGUACAGUUUUCUGUACUACAAGCAGCUGCAAUCUCUGUUCCGCCUGUGUGGGCAGGUCAAAACCAUCGUCUUUGACAGCUCCAGAGCGUAUGUGGAGUUCUACGCAACAUCUCAAGACUCAGGGGUUCUGCCUGAGGUGUCUCUUGCCCUCCUGCUGGCCCAGCAGAAACCUCGCUUGGAGCUUUCUGUUCACCCCAUUGAGCUGAUCGAGAAAUGUCCAGGCACCAGAGGCUCAACUAACCUGAAAUAUGCAGGUGUGAAAGCAGACUUCCAGAACCAGACUGUCUGCCCAGGAGUGGGAUUCAGCACCACUGAAGCAGACAAGCUGCCCCCCAACCCCUUGUUUGUGGUCAGGAUCACAGAGGUGGUGGAGGUGGGACAUUUUUGGGGGUUCCAGGCAGAUGAAGCUAGCUCAGAGAAGCAGCGCCAUCUGACAGCUGAGAUAAACAGGCGCACACUGGAUCCUCUAACGGUGUCACUCUACCCCAACCUGAGGUGUUUGGCUCCGUACUCAGAGAACAACGACCGGAGUCUGUACUAUCGUGCCAAGAUCCUGCACAUCCGUGGUAGUACAGUGGAGGUCUUCUUCUUGGACUAUGGCAACACAGAGGUGGUUGCCUGCAGCAGCCUCAGAGAGCUCCCAUCCGAUCUUCUGUCUCCGCCUUUCCUGGCUCGUGAGUUUAAGGUUUGUGGGAUGCGUCCUUCACCCCAGUCCAUUAUCCUGGGGAACCGGUGGAGCAGCCAAGCUCGUGACUUUUUUCAAACGUUGGUGAAGGGCACGUCGCAUUUGGUGUCUCUGUACUCCAUCCUCCACAACGUCAUGCAUGUUAAGCUGCUCAUCAGCACCAACACAGCAAACACCAGCGUGGUAGACAUCCUGGUGAAGGAAGGACAUGCUGUGGAGGCUGAAGAGUGCUAUGCUUCAAAGCAAAGUCAUGAGGAGCUGAUGUCUCUGUACAAGGACAAGGAAGCAGGCACAUACGUCCCCCACAUUGUCACCGACUUCUGUAAGAAUCGCAACAAAGAGGCUCAGAACCUCAUCGAUGAUCUGCUCACUCACUUUUCCAAGAGCGGCCAACCUGUUUCCAGGACAAAGGUUCCCCUGAGUGGACCCAGCAGUCCUCACGAGAUAAAGUUUCACAGCUUGAGCCAACACACCACCACCUACAAGUUCUCACAUUAUUCUGAGAGAUACCUCCCUCAUGCCAGACAUUCCUGGACUCCCUGCACUCCUUACCAUGCUCUUCACUCCAAUCAUGGAGUUACGGUAUUGGGAAUAUUUGUUUUUAGCAUGAAUGAGGAGAGGACCUGCUACACUGGUGCCCUCUGUGGGCUCGGCUGGGACAGUCAGACCCGUGAAGCCAUCUUACCUGAACACGACAUUGAACUCACCUUUGACGUCAAGUUGGACGUCGAGGACGUCACUGAGGUAAAUGCUUUACGAGUGGCCAUCAACCGCCUGGUGUGUGAUGGGCCCUGUGGAACUCUGCAUCUGGGGCCGGACAGGAUCAGCCAGCUGCAGGACGACUGUCGAGAGCAUCUCAUUAGACUGUUCACCAAGUCGCCAGCAAGGGAAACAGUCGCUCCAGACUACUAUGAGAAAAGCGGGAAAUGGGACCAGGUGGAUCCCUCUGUGAAGAUGAAUAUGGAAGAGCCAGGAAGGAAAAAAAUGAGCAGUGUUCUCUACCAUCUUCAUCCCGUCACUCUCCUCAGUGCCUAAAAGAAUCAGGCUUGCGUUGAAUAUUCUCGAUGGACCACAUAACCGUGUGUAAUUUGAGAGUAGUUCACGCGUAUGUAAUAUGGAAACCUCUAUAGAGCAUUUAGUUGUUCAGCUCAUUGUUUUGAUUCUAAACCUUAUUGUUUUCCAAUCUUUCCCGCAGCAGUAACUUUGGAAACUUUCAGGAAAAUAGCUGCAAAUUUGUCUGAAGUGCUGAACUUGGAGGAUAGCAUGCUGGAGACAAAGAAAAGUGGACUUAAAAUUAGGAUUUGCUCUCAGGGUCCCCCUGCAGUUGGUAAACUGAAUCGUUUUGUUUAUGAUCAUGUUUUAUUUUUUUUUAAGAAAAACCAACCCCCUCCAAAAAAAAGUGAAUCUCAAAACAAAUCCUACAUUUUGUUGCUUUAAUAUUCCUGCCUAUAACAGAUUGUAUGUGUAUUUCAGUUGAAUUGAACCUGUUUCUUAAAUUUAAUAUUUUAUUAUUUUGUAUGUUCUUUGCAGCAAAGCUGCUCAAUGAUUCAUUCAUGCUGUACGGCUUGUUAUAGCAUUGUUAUAAUUGCCAUUAAAAAUGGUUGUUUGCA